AGGACGCGGCCUCCCGAGGCUCGGGUCACCCGGGGACGCGGUCUCGCGGGCCCCGAUGGAGAUGCCUGGCUCGGGAGGGAGGCUGAGCCGCAGCCCUGUGGGCCCCAGCUCUCCAAAGCCACAGAUAGACUUUGUCCAUUCUCUGGGGCACGUAGACCCCCGGAAUCGUACACCCCGAACCGACGGUCCCCGCGAGUUAGCUCUCCAGUUAUCAAUGAACUGUGCUUGGUUGGUGUAUUGUAUCGGAGAUGUUGUCGCUUCCAGUUUUAUACAGAAGGAACUUGACUAACCUUGAGAAAAAUUUUCAGUAAAAUUGACUAAGCUGGAGUAGGGGCUGGUGUUAAUAUGUCUCUGACGUACACUUCAAAAGAUACAGUGGCACCGAAAACCUCCUUUUGAGUCUGGACACGAGCUCGUGACAACUGAGCUGCUCAAGGCAGGAAGAACUCUGAGCUGAAUAGUAGUGGGUUCCUGGAUCUGGAGAGAAGAGGCUACCUUGGAACCAGUAAUGAACCAUCCUGACUACAAGCUGAACCUUCGGCCUCAGGGGACCCCCAGAGGUAUGUCCUCUGUGGCUGGCCUGCAUGGUGUUGGUGCUUCACCAGGUGACAAAAAGUCAAAGAACAAGUCCAUGCGAGGGAAGAAAAAGAGCAUAUUUGAAACCUACAUGUCCAAGGAGGAUGUUUCGGAAGGCUUGAAGAGGGGAACACUUAUCCAGGGUGUAUUGAGAAUUAAUCCAAAGAAGUUUCAUGAAGCCUUCAUUCCUUCUCCGGAUGGUGAUCGGGACAUUUUUAUUGAUGGAGUUGUUGCUCGUAAUAGAGCUCUAAAUGGGGACCUUGUGGUUGUAAAACUGCUUCCUGAAGACCAGUGGAAGCCAAGGAUAACCUUGUCUCUGCCUGGAGUUCUGGGAUUACAGGCAGUUAAAGCAGAGAGCAAUGACAGAGAAACAGAAGCUACUUAUGAAGCUGAUGUCUCUGAGGAGUGCUGUGGACAUCACCUCCUGCAGCAGUCCCCCAAAGCCUGUAAUAGUCCUGAUGUCGUUAUAGAGGCUCAGUUUGAUGACAGCGAUUCAGAAGAUAGACAUGGCAACACCAGUGUGCUGGUUGAUGGUGUUAAGAAAUUGUCACUUCUUACUCCUGACAAAGGAAAAGAAGAUUCUAGUGCUCCAGUUACAAAAGAUGAGAACACCACCCCCAUGUCACAGGACACAAGAGCCUUACCCGAGAAGUCACUGCAGAAAUCAGCAAAGGUGGUUUACAUCUUGGAGAGAAAGCAUUCCCGAGCAGCAACUGGCAUCCUCAAACUCUUGGCUGAUAAGAACAGUGACCUGUUUAAGAAAUAUGCCCUGUUUUCUCCUUCAGACCACCGAGUGCCUAGAAUUUAUGUACCUCUCAAGGACUGUCCUCAGGACUUCAUGACCCGACCUAAAGAUUAUGCCAACACACUGUUCAUCUGCCGCAUCAUAGACUGGAAGGAGGACUGUAAUUUUGCCCUGGGGCAACUGGCUAAGAGUCUUGGGCAGGCUGGUGAAAUCGAGCCUGAAACAGAAGGGAUCCUGACAGAAUAUGGUGUGGACUUCUCUGAUUUCUCUGCAGAGGUUCUUGAGUGUCUCCCUCAAAGCCUGCCCUGGACAAUUCCUCCUGAUGAGCUGGGCAAGAGAAGAGACCUAAGAAAAGACUGUAUCUUCACCAUUGACCCAUCAACUGCUCGAGACCUUGAUGAUGCUCUCUCCUGCAGGCCUCUCAGUGAUGGCACCUUUGAAGUGGGCGUCCACAUCGCCGAUGUGAGUUACUUCGUUCCUGAGGGAUCCUCUCUGGAUAAGGUGGCUGCUGAGAGAGCCACAAGUGUCUACUUGGUUCAGAAGGUGGUCCCUAUGCUUCCUAGACUUCUGUGUGAGGAACUGUGCAGCCUCAACCCCAUGACUGACAAGCUGACCUUCUCUGUGAUCUGGAAGCUGACCCCUGAAGGCAAGAUCCUUGAGGAGUGGUUUGGCCGCACCGUCAUCCGCUCCUGCACCAAACUGAGCUACGACCAUGCCCAGAGCAUGAUUGAAAAUCCAACUGAGAAGGUCCCUGAGGAAGAGCUGCCCCCCAUUUCUCCAGAACACAGCAGUAAGGAGGUGCAGCAGGCAGUCUUGAACCUGCACAGCAUUGCAAAGCAACUUCGCCAGCAGCGCUUUGUGGAUGGUGCGCUCCGUUUAGAUCAGUUGAAGCUUGCUUUUACUCUGGACCAUGAGACUGGAAUGCCUCAAGGAUGUCAUAUCUAUGAGUACCGAGACAGCAACAAGCUUGUAGAGGAGUUCAUGCUCCUGGCCAACAUGGCCGUGGCCCACAAGAUCUUCCGCACCUUCCCGGAGCAGGCCCUGCUGCGCCGGCACCCACCGCCACAGACAAAGAUGCUCAGUGACCUGGUGGAGUUCUGUGACCAGAUGGGGCUCCCCAUGGAUGUCAGCUCCGCAGGGGCCCUCAAUAAAAGCCUGACCAAAACAUUUGGAGAUGACAAGUACUCUCUGGCCCGGAAAGAGGUGCUCACCAACAUGUACUCCCGGCCCAUGCAGAUGGCACUGUACUUCUGCUCUGGGAUGCUGCAGGACCAGGCGCAGUUCCGGCACUAUGCUCUCAACGUUCCCCUCUACACACACUUCACCUCUCCCAUCCGCCGCUUCGCUGACGUCAUAGUGCACCGCCUCCUGGCUGCUGCUCUGGGCUACAGUGAGCAGCCAGAUGUGGAGCCUGAUACCCUUCAAAAGCAAGCUGACCACUGCAAUGACCGCCGCAUGGCUUCCAAGCGCGUGCAGGAACUCAGCAUCGGCCUCUUCUUCGCAGUUCUAGUGAAGGAGAGUGGCCCCCUGGAGUCUGAAGCCAUGGUGAUGGGUGUCCUGAACCAAGCCUUUGAUGUGCUAGUGCUGCGCUUUGGGGUACAGAAGCGCAUCUACUGCAACGCACUGGCCCUUCGAUCCUACCAUUUUCAGAAGGUGGGGAAGAAGCCAGAGCUCACUCUCCUCUGGGAACCUGAUGAUCUUGAAGAGGAGCCAACACAGCAGGUCAUCACCAUCUUCAGCCUGGUGGAUGUGGUCCUUCAGGCAGAGGCCACAGCCCUCAAGUACAGUGCUAUCCUGAAGCGACCUGACCCUGAGCGUUCCCUGGGCCUGGAGAAGGAGUCUGAUGAGGAGCCUGAGGACUGAAUGCUAGCCCAAGCCAGGCCUGUGCCUGCCCUGCCUUGCUGGCUUUUAGGAAUAGGACCUUUUGACACCAAAGGGGAUUUUUAAUUUGGUUUUUAACAACUCAGGGGUUUGUUUUUAUUUUUUAUUUUUUCAUUUUAUUUUACUUUUGCAGCUCAGUUUUAAAAUGAACUGGGAGGGAUACAGUGCGGUUGGGGGUCAGGGGAGGGAAUGCUGAGGCCUGGCCAGUGCCUCCCUGAGCAGAGAGGGUCCCGGUCCUCCUGGACAGGCAGCCUCGCUUCUGCCAGGCCACCCACUGCCCUUCCCUGCCCAGGAAAUGGGGGUUUUCAGCAAAUCAGUGUCAUGGAAUAAAAUCAGGUGUGAAGUGC